UGAUUGAUUGUUCUGAGUCAUAAUUUUCUACAGCAUACUGAAAAGUUCGAGAUUUUGAGUGCUAAUUUCGUGUAUUUAUUUACGUUGUACUUAUAAUUUUAAUAUUCAGUAUUAUAUUUGAAGUAAAAUUAUUUUGAUAUGUCUCUAAAUACAGCUCACGCCGACCACGGCGUUUUAAUACAUGCUGGAGAAUGUAUUAUAAUAUUUUCUGACAAUGUCACUGUUGAGUUCUAUGGAAAUGAAACUCCCGAGUUUAAAGGCACCAAGACUGGUCGGAUGUACCUCACAACACAUCGUAUGAUUUACAACUCAAAGAAUACAGCUGAUCCUAUGAGGUCAUUUAGCUUUCCAUUUAUAGCUUUGCAGGAUGUAGCAGUUGAACAACCCAUGUUUUCGGCAAAUUACAUUAAAGGAAAAGUAAGGGCACAACCAAAUGGUAACUUUAUUGGGGAAGUGAAAUUCAAGUUAACAUUUAAAUCUGGAGGUGCUAUUGAGUUUGGCCAAGCCAUGCUUAAAGCAGCUCAUUUAGCAUCUCGUCACACCGCGCCGGACGCUCCACCGCCGCCAUACAUGCCGCCGACAGGUCCGUGGCAUGCCGCGCCCCCGCCUGCCUACGCCCCGCCCCCGCAGGGGUACUAUGGAUGGGUGCCGCCUUACACUGCUUUCCCAGAUCAACCGCCACCAAACUCGGUGUUUAUCUCCAAUAAUCCACCACCAUACCCUGGAGUUGCUGGUGCUGCUUACCCGGCUGGGCCUGGCUUUUCCGGCGCUGGGAGUCCAUCCGGAGCUCCCCCGGGUUACCCGGGCGCCGCCGGAGCAGCACCUCCUGGAUAUCCGGGCAAUGCGACUGCCCCACCCGGAUAUCCUGGCGGCUUCAGUGCUCCUGCCCCAUCAACUGGCAUGUCUGCUCGAGAUGCGAAAGCUGCAGAGGCCGCUCAAAGCGCAUACUAUGAUCCCAAUCAGCCGCAAACGGCGUACGUUCCGCCGCCCUACAAUGAUCAACCGCCGACUUAUCAGGAAUCUACGUCCAAGAAAGAAAACUAAAGCAUUGCCCACAUUAUCAUAUGUCUUAUACUUGCUAUUCAUUACCAAAAAAUGUAUAAAUUUUAUCACUGAAAAAAAAAAUUGCUAAACUACAACUAGCUUCUUUUCUAUUUUAAUAACAUUCCGUUCCCAUGCUUUCUAAGCAUUGUUAUUUGAAGUAUUUAUCCAUCUAAGAUAAAAAAUAUAUUAAAUGAAGUACAUAAUUGUUAUGUGUAUAUAUAAUUUAUAUACAUACAUAGGAUCUUAUGUACAAUUUUUUUGCUCUAAAAUCGAUAAUUAAAAUCGAUUAGGAAGAAUUAUAGUUCACACUGGUAUGAAUAAAAAAACUAUUUAACGAAAAAAUUAAAAAAAGUUACAAAUAUGACGUCACAUGAAAAAGUGAUGUAAUUUCAGUAUUUAAGAACCUAUGUAUGUUCUGUUAGAAAAAUGUGUUACUAUAAAUUUAUGAUGUAUGAGACUAUCAAUAUGUGAUAUAGUAUUUUUUAUUUCCAAUUUAUUAUUUUACUUUGUGUUUGCUUGAAAAUUGUUAGGUGCUGCAUACACAAGACAAUGUGUUAUAUUGAAGUAGUACUUUAUAGUUUUUAUUUUAUUGUUAUUUAAGAUAUUUAAUUUCAAAAUAAAGCGAA